AUGCCAGAGCCUGCCUUUCUCCUUGCUGCCCAGAUGGAGAGGCUGGCUAUGGUGCCGCUGGCCUCCCCAUGUCCCCGAAUUCCACGGGCCCACAUCGCUAGGCAGCCGGCAUACUGUGCCGGGCGCUGGACAGAGCUGGGCUGCAGCUCCGGCCCCUCCUCAGGCCAAAUGAAUCUGCUUUCCUGGAAAAAAACCCAGCCACACCCUGCUCAUGGCUCACCUUCUCGGCUGUCCCUAGAUGGCUUCUGGGUGGAGGUGGAGCAGAUCCAGCAGCAGGAUGAACAGAAAGAAAAAGACAGCAACAGGGGCGAAGGCCAGCCCCUUGAGGAGGGCGAAGCCGAAUCCCAGUGGCUACAGGACACAGACCUGUGGGGCCUCCUCGGGGGCCUGGGUGCGAAUAGUGACCAGCAGGGGCUCUUGUCCACCCUCACACAGACACAGGUGGUUGCUGUGUGCCGCAGGUUGGACAUCUGUGCCCGCUCGGCCAGAAGACGACACAAGGUACCUGUCCGAGAUGUCAGGGACAUCUUUGGAGUCUUCCAGUCUGGGGUAAGAUCAUCAGAGAAUGGGGACUCAGGAAUGACAUGGACCCCACUCAGCUCCAGGUUAUCUAAGUCUCCUCCAGCAGUAAAGCUGGAGCAGCUGCAGGAGCAGGCUGGAAGGGUGCAAGCCUUCAGCAUGGACUCUGCGUACUCGGAGCAAGUGGCAGCACUCCUGUAGAGAGGCAGGCCACUUCCAGAGGAUGUCUGUGCCCAGGCCAAGGGCUCCCUGCCGAAGUUUAGAAUCCCCAAGGGCAGACUUGGCUUGACACGGAUAGGAGACUUGUCCCUGCAGGACAUGAAGAAGAUCUCACCACUGGUUCUCAUAGAGCUGACGGCACUCUGGGACGUGCUCUGUGUGGACCUGAAGAGGAGCAAGGCAGCUAAGCAGAGAGGAACAGAAACUUGCCUUUUUGGCAUGUCUCUUGAAGCCUUGCUGGAAGCUGACCACAAACUCCUCCCCAACACCCAGGUCCCACUGAUUCUUCAAGCUCUGCUGUCCUGUUUAGAAAACAGAGGCCUGGACACAGAAGGCAUCCUCAGGGUGCCGGGAUCACAGGCCAGAGUUAAGGGGCUGGAACAAAAGCUGGAGAAAGACUUCUACAUGGGUCUGUUUUGCUGGGAUGAGGUUCAUCACAAUGAUGCAUGUGACCUGCUGAAAAGAUUCCUCCGGGCGCUGCCGGCACCUCUGCUCACUGCCAAGUACCUUCCAGCUUUUGCCAUGGUGCCCACCAUCCCCAACCUGAAACAACGUCUGCAGGCUCUCCACCUGCUCUUCCUGCUCCUCCCGGAACCCAACAGAAGCACCUUGAAGGCACUCCUGGAGUUCCUCAGGAAGGUGGUGGCCUGGGAACAGAGCAACAAGAUGAUGCUGUGGAACGUGUCCACUGUGAUGGCCCCUAAUCUCUUCCUGCACCAUGGGUGGCCCCCCAAACUCCCCAAAGGCAAGGAGAAGCAGCUGACAGAGGGAGCAGCCGAGGUGGUGCAGAUGAUGGUGCACUACCAGGACCUGCCGUGGACAGUUGCCUCCUUCUUGGUCUCCCAGGUGCGAAAACUGAACGACAACAGCAACCGGCGCUCCCAACUCUGUGACCCGGGCCUCAAGACUUGGCUGCGGAGGAUGCACACCGACCAAGACAAGGCGGGAGAUAGGUUGGAGGCUACUCUCAAAGUGGCGAAGAUCCAGGUGCCCUGGUCUACCAAGGAGACCAUGGAAGUGUUCUUGACCCCCAGCACCAAAGUGGCCCAUGUGCUGAGGCAGUUCUCAGAGUCCUUCCACCCUGGGUCUCAGGGCCAAGAUGGCAGCGAGGACACACACAGCCCUCUCCCAUGCAACAGGUCCAGGGAGGCAGCCAACAUCCACCUCUAUGAAGUUGGAGGGAAUAUCGGUAAAUUCUCCCUUGCCCCUUUAGAUCUGUACCGUGCCAACCCCCACAGUGAGUGGGUCAUUAAACAGAGCCCCACCUAA